UGAUCGUGCGCUCUUGACGGUCUGAGGUGCGCAGAGCGUUCAUCAGCAGCUCAGUGCAGUCGAGCAGAGAUGGAGGGAGAGCUGACCGGCUGUGAGCUCGUGUAAAGCGGACAGAGGAAGCAGCAGACGCCGGGAGGAACCAUGUUCUACCCGGAGAACGAGUGACCUUCCUCCCUGCAGCACCAGGACCGACUCGGAGGAACCAUGGAUCCAGUCCUGCAUUGAGCCUCUCCUUGGUGGGUUGGCAUGGCCCAGUGAUGAACGGAGCGGUGGUGCCUGGUAGCCCGGAGCUCUCCUCCUCGUGCCCACUGCCUGACUGGCGAGAGUUCUGUGAGCUCCAUGCUCGAGCCUCUGCUGCAGACUUUGCUGACAAGUUCCAGCGCUUUCUGUCAGAGAACCCGUGCUACGACUCGCCCGGUGCCGAUGCCAGCUUCUCACAGCACUUUGCCCACCACUUCCUGGAGUGCUUCUCUGCAGCGUUGACCCAGGCCCGGGAGAACCAGGCGUCCUCUCCAGGGGAGGACGGCUCCAACGCGGCACCCAAGUACAGCAUCGUUCCUUUCCUGGGAAUCCAGGGUUGCCCACUGUCCUACGGACACGACCUCUACCAGAGACGCAAGGACGCCGGGGCUUCAAGUGAAUCCCUGGACAGCAUGGACAGCGGAGGGGGAGGGAUAGAUGGGCGAGGCAGCGGCAGCACGGCCUCCCGAGGCCCCCAGACGACUCACAAGGUGUCGGCUCUGGGACAGUCCCGCAGCUCCGAGGACGUGUCGGUCAGCCACCCGAAGGCUCGCUUCAAGAAGGGCUUCUCUCUGAGGAACAUGAGCCUGUGUGUGGUGGACGGGGUGAAGGAGAUGUGGCACAGGCGGGCCUCCCCCGAACCUGACGCUCCCUCUGGGGCCAGGAAGGCCAACGGGGGAGGAGGGGGGGAGGUUGCAGGGGGAGAGAAGUGGUCCCAAAAGCUCCGGCUUCCCAGAGGGUCCCAGGGCCACAAGGCCGAGCUGCUGGAGAUCCAGAGGGAGGGAGCGCUGAGGUACAUGGUGGCCGACGACACAAACUGUAUGGGGGCCGCUCAGUGGCAGAAAUGUCGUCUGCUGCUGAGGAAGACAAAGAAGGAUGAAGGAGGGGAAAGGUUCCUGCUGGAAUUCUAUGUGCCACCCAAGUCCUCAAAGCCCAAAGUGAGCAUCCCUCUGUCAGCCAUCGUGGAGGUGAGGACCACCAUGCCGUUAGAGAUGCCUGACAAGGACAACACCUUUGUUCUCAAGGUGGAAAACGGGGGAGAAUACAUCCUGGAAACCAUCGACUCCCUGCAGAAAAACUCGUGGGUUGCUGACAUCCAGGACUGCAUAGACCCUGGUGACAGCGGCGAUGACAUCGAGCUGGCGUCAUGUCCUCAUGGUCAGGCAUCCAAAGACUGCUCCAUGGUGGCCUCCUGCAGCUGUGAGCUGCUUUCUGAGGGAGUGUAUCGUGCUCCAGAGCGGUCGUGUCCUACGGCAGCAGAGCAUUACAGCGCCCCCUCAGUCCGAUGCAGGGAACCUCCUUUCACCCAGCACCCGUCCCACAUGCCUUUAGAGCGCUUCCUCCAGUCCCCAGAAGCCCAGGGCUCCAACUCCUCUGCAGGUAGUGGUGAGGGAGCAAAAGACUCAGAUGGAGAUGCCAGCUUGGUGGGUUACCCAUGGUUCCACGGUACGCUGUCUCGUGUGCGGGCGGCUCAGCUGGUGCUUGCAGGCGGAGCCAGGAGUCACGGACUCUUUGUGAUUCGUCAAAGCGAGACGCGGCCGGGCGAGUACGUCCUCACCUUCAACUUCCAGGGCAAAGCCAAGCAUUUGCGGUUGUCAGUCAAUGAGAACGGCCAGUGUCACGUCCACCACUUGUGGUUUCACACCGUAUCGGACAUGCUGAGACACUUCCACGCCCAUCCGAUCCCCCUUGAAUCUGGAGGCUCAGCCGACAUCACACUACGCUCCUAUGUACAGGUGCAGCGAAGCUCCACCACAGAUGUGGCUGCGCCUCCAGUCCUCACUCCAUCCAGGGAUGCAGGCUGCCGGACAGAUUCAGCUCCGCCUGCGCUUCACCCUACCGGAAUCGUGACGCCUGCAGGGCCUCCUUCUGAUGCCCCACUUUCCUCAAGCACCUCCUCCUCACCCACCGCCCUCCCCUCCCUCUCCCGCAGUGACCCAGGUACCGGAGGGGUGGGAGGAGGGUUACAGAGCCGGAGCAACAGCUCUGAACGCCUUCUGGAGGCCUCUAGUGGUGCAUCCGAGGACUACCACGAUGCUGAUGGGACUCGCAGGGCCAGAGCUGUGGAGAACCAGUACUCUUUCUACUAAACCACAUCAGGCAGGGUUUGGUCAUGUAUCUGCUGACUGGAUGAGAUUCAGAAAGUUGGAGGUGACAUGUGGUGCUCUGCUGAUGGUGAAAUGGUCCAGAUCACUGGAUCACCCAUCAUUU